AUGAUUUUCCGUUGCAUGUUCGCCUUCUUAUUUUUCGCACUUGGUGAACAUUUUCUAGUCGAUGGCCUAGGCUGCAACUGGGGAACCCGCGGCACGCACCCUCUCCCUGGUAACAUAGUGGUCAAGCUGAUGAAAGACAAUGGAUUUAACAAAGUGAAGCUAUUCGAAGCUGAUCCUAUGGCUUUGCAGGCUCUUGGGAAGUCCGGUAUCCAAGUCAUGGUCGGGAUUCCCAACGAUAUGUUAGAGUCUUUGGCCGGUAGCGUUUCAGCUGCUGAGGAAUGGGUGUCUAGAAAUGUUUCUUACUAUAAAUCCAAGAGGGGAGUGGACAUAAGGUAUGUUGCUGUUGGAAAUGAACCAUUUCUCAAGACUUACAACAAUAGAUUUACACAAACAGCAUUUCCUGCUCUCAAGAAUAUCCAGGCUGCCCUGAUUAAAGCUGGUUUAGGUCGGGACAUCAAGGCUACAAUUCCACUCAAUGCAGAUGUCUACGAAACAGAUGCCGGUGUUCCCUCCGCUGGAAAUUUUCGAGCUGAUAUUCAUAGUCUCAUGGUAUCUAUCGUCAAAUUCCUUGAUAAGAAUGGCGCGCCCUUUACGGUUAACAUUUAUCCUUUUCUUAGCCUUUACGCGGAUUCCCAUUUUCCGGUUGAAUAUGCCUUCUUUGAUGGGACUUCUUCCCCUGUUGUGGAUGGCUCCAUCACUUAUACCAAUGUCUUUGAUGCCAAUUAUGAUACACUAGUUUCGGCCCUCGAAAAAAAUGGUUUCCCAUCAAUGCCGAUUAUCAUUGGAGAAGUUGGUUGGCCAACAGAUGGGGAUUCUAACGCGAAAAUAGAAUUCGCACGCAGAUUCAAUCAGGGUCUGCUCAACCGCCUAAAUCGAGGCCAGGGCACCCCGAAAAGACCAAGCCCUCCAGACAUUUACUUCUUUGCUCUCAUUGAUGAAGAUGCUAAGAGCAUUGAACCAGGCAACUUCGAGCGCCAUUGGGGCAUAUUUUACUUCGACGGAACUAUCAAAUAUCCACUAAAUUUGAGCAAUAAUCGAAAACUAACAGCUGCAAAGGGAGUGAAGUAUUUGGCAAGGCAAUGGUGCAUAAUGGCACCUGAUGCUAAUACAAUGGAUCCCAAUUUGACUCAGAACAUUAAUUUUGCUUGCACCUAUGCAGAUUGCACAAGUCUUGGGAAUGGAUCUACCUGUGGAGGGCUCGAUGCUAGGAGCAACGCAUCGUACGCCUUCAACAAGUAUUAUCAGACCAUGAAUCAACAGAGAGGGGCGUGUGAUCACUUCCACGGUUUGUCUGCAAUCACAAGAAUUGAUCCUUCACCCCGAAACAGUUCUUGUAGAUUCGAGAUCAUGAUAGACAUCGGUCGACAUGCUACAAAUCCAUCAUCAGCUGGAAAAAUGUACAAUCCAUUUAUCUUUGUAGCAUUUGUGCUAUCAUUGAUCCAUUUUUAUGUUUGUUGA